CUCAUCUCUCUCAAUUCUUCCUUUAGAUUUCAACCAUCGUACUAGUUUCCAUUCUCUCUUUCUUCUUUCGGUAAUCCACUUCUAUAUAAGUGGAUGUGCAGAAACUACCCAAAUCAUAGGACAAAAGCAAUUAGAUUGUUUUCAUUUCAAUCUUUGUUCAAUAUAACAAUUUUAGUUUCGUACAUACGAAAAUUUCGAGUGCCUAAUUGUGCAAUUCAAGCUAAAAAACUCUGAGUUUACACUUGUUGGCUCGUGCAAUUUUGAUAUGGCAAGUGGUAGAGAGCCAAUGAAGAUUGUGAUCAUCAACACCAAGUAUGUAGAGACAGAUGCUACAAGCUUUAAGUCAGUGGUACAAGAGCUAACCGGUAAAGAUUCAAGAGUUACGAGCAAUCCAUCGAAGCCUAGAAGCCGGUUUUACCACGAGCAGAUAAACAAGAAAGAAGGGAAUCCAGGUGGGGUUGGCAGCUCUAGAGGCGAUUCAGUUUUGAUGAAAAAUUUGUCGUUCAGGGAAUUCGAAAGGUUGCUAAAGGAGAUGCCUCCGGUGGAUGAUUUAUUAUGGAAUAUGGACUGAGUAACUUCAAUUACAUUCAACUAUAUUUUCAUGUGGGGAGGGCUAAAUUACAGCGCCAGCUUGAAUAUAUGGCCACUUAUUCAUUCAUUAUUUUUUAUCCUGUAUCCUAUAUAUUCCUAUGUAUAUUCUAAUAAAUUAUACAGUUAUUUGAUCU